AGGGUGGCCUCGGUCCCUACGUAGUAUGAACUUGAUAAAUGCCUGGCAUUGCAUCGGAAAUUAGAGGGUACGGGGGUCCACGCAUAAUAAUUGUCGUCCUCCCAGCUCCGUUUUCUGCCAGCUUCUCUUGGUCUGUGCUCCCAAAAUAGAAUUCAAGAAUUCCCAUACUCCCUCCAUAACCUUUCUUUACUUUUAGAAAACCAAAAUACUUACCAUUGUUUUUCGGAAGCAAGUUUAGUCAUAAAACUAACUACUGUAAUCAGAAAGAAAAUAGAGGCAGAAAAAAUUCUCUCUCUCUCUCUCUCUCUCCAUGUGUGUUGAAACUAGUUGGAACCAAGAAGAAGAAGAAGAAGGACAAGAGGACAAGAUUUGAGAGCCGUGUUGUCCCAGCUUCCUUUACUUUCUUAAAGCGAUUUUGGCUAUUAAAGAGACGAAAAUCUCCGAUCUUGAAGGCUUGAACCAUACCAUUUUGUUGCUGUUGUGGUAGUGGCGGUGGUUGGAAAUGCCGGAGAAGGCAGUGAAUUCGCUAUCUUUGAAUCCAUUGAUACCAAGGUCGAGUCCCUUGCUUCAUUGGCGUUUUGGGGUGCUGACGGCUUUGGUUUUUGUUGGGAUGGUCGUCGUUUGGAGCAUAGAUGGGUGCACCAUAAAGAGCUUUCUUGAAGCUUGGAGGCUCAGGCAAGAUUACAAAACCGUGAAGUUCAGCACUCGCCCAGCCAAUCUCACCCGAACCCAUCCAAGUCUGCCUCUUAACACCUCCAUUAUCCUAGCUAAUGAUCCGACCCAGAACCAAACCAAUAUCCCUACCCACUUCGAUUCCCACAUUCUUGAACCGGUUUCUGUUCAGAAUUCAACUGGAGUGCCUCCAGAACCAUUCCAGAAUCCAAUGCAGAUUAUAGCUUCGCCGGAAUUGAGCUGGGUUGCUGCGGAAUUGGAGCCCAACUUGACGUCCAAUCUUCUCACCAGGUGGUUAGCUCCUGGAGGUGAACCUUGUAAGGAUUCCAAGACGGUGCAGAUUGCGAUUCCUGGUUUGGAUGGUGGGAACUUGGUUGAUCUGUCAGCUGGCGAAAUCCAUGAAUUUGGUUUUCAAGCACUGGAUGAGUCUGGAAAUCCUCGCUGUUUAGGUGGGGAUUACUUUGAGACUGAUCUUUCAGGGGAUUCUUGGAAGUCCAGACCAUUAGUCAAAGAUUUUGGUAAUGGGUCUUAUUCUGUUUCGCUUCAGGUUCAUCCGGAUUUUUUCGGGGAUUACAAUCUGACGGUAAUUCUGCUCUUUAGGCAUUUUGAGGGCCUAAAAUUCUCGCCUUGGCGCUUCGUGUUUGAUCGAGAGCUUCGCAAGAUUCCAAUCAGGUUUCACAAAGCCUCAGGUCAGUUGCAUGAGAUAAAAACUUGUAAAGAAUCUGAUUUUAACCUGGACAUUUGGUCUGGGAGGUGGACUCGGCAUGGUAAAAAUGAUGAUUGCCAAAUCGGUAACGAUGGUCGGUACCGUUGCCUAGCACCAGACUUUCCAUGCCAGAGUCCAUGGUGUAGUGGUCCACUGGGGUUGUUAGAGAGUAACGGUUGGGUCUACUCUGCACAUUGUGCAUUUAGAUUGUUCCUAGCGGAUUCUGCUUGGAAUUGCUUGAAGAAUCGGUGGAUUUUCUUCUGGGGUGAUUCAAAUCACGUUGAUACAAUUCGAAACAUGCUCAAUUUUGUUUUAGAUUUACCUGAUAUUCCGUCAGUUCCUAGGCGGUUUGAUAUGAACUUCUCAAACCCCAAAGACCCGUCUCAGUCAGUUAGGAUCACUAGCAUUUUCAAUGGCCAUUGGAAUGAGACAGGGAAUUAUGAAGGUUUGAAUUCGCUGCAAGAUGAAGGAUUUAGAAAUUUGUUAAAAAAUUACUUUUCAGAAGGCGCACUUCCAGACACAGUGAUCAUGAACUCUGGAUUACACGAUGGUGUUAAGUGGAAAAAUUUGAGACAAUUCUCUGCAGGUGCAGAUUAUGCAGCGUCAUUCUGGACCGAGGUUAUGGAGUCAGCGAAGCAGAGGGGGAUGGCAUUGCCAAAGGUUUUUUACAGGACCACGGUGGCGACUGGUGGAUAUGCUCGGUCACUGGCAUUUAACCCCAAUAAAAUGGAGGCAUAUAAUGGGGUAUUGCUGGACAAAUUGAAGCGAGCUGGGGUAGUUUCGGCCGUGAUUGAUAACUUUGAUAUGACUUUUCCUUGGCAUUUUGAUAACCGGUGCAAUGAUGGUGUGCAUUAUGGCCGGGCUCCGGUGAAGAUGAAAUGGAGAGAUGGCCAAAUUGGGCACCAGUAUUUUGUAGACCUCAUGUUAGUUCAUGUGCUGCUCAAUGCACUCUGCGCAAGAUAGGGAGUUAAGAAGGUUUGUGUUUACAGGUGCAACAGGUGAAUUUUCUGCACUCUUCCUGAGAAGGUGGAGCACCCAGAUUGCGGUGUUAUGACACUAUUGAUGGAACGCAAAUUGCAGGCCAUUCAUAUACAUGCCAGCCAAAGAAAAUGGACUGGAUACGAUUGCUAGAGUGCAGAUAAAAGAACUCAGCUGUGCUGCUUGGAAGAAAAAGUUUUGAGUUAGGGAGUUCUAUAUAUAAAACCAAUCAUAUUGUUCACUAGAUCCAAUGGCAUUCUUUGUUUGUUUAUAAACUUUCAAUAUAUGGUAUAGAUAAAUACAUAUGGUUGCCUC